CUGCAACUGCCCAAGGAAGUCCCAAAAGCCGCUCGGAAGGGUUGGAUUUCACAGUCAAUGUCUGCACUCUUCGCUGGGACGAGCUUCAUUCCGGCCCACUCAGGCUCGCCCUCAUGUAAUCCCCCAAGUUUUGUUGUACGGGAUGAGAGCUUCCAAACAAGACCAACCGUGCUGUUUAUGUUGGCCGGAAAAGGCAGUUCCGACGACGACUCCGCCACUAUGCAGCCGCACCUUCUCGGUGCGAUUCCUCUCUCACGGCGGCGCAACCCGACCAGUCACCUACCUAGACGUGAAGAGGAUGCUCCAAGCUUCAUUUCGACACCUAGCUCGCCCCCUAUCUCGGCCAGGCAGCGGCGAAGAUAAUCCGGCAGGGAGAGAGAGAGACUCGGGGAAGAAAGAAGAGAGAG